GUCAAUCGAAACAUACGCCGGAAUCACUGUUUAUAUGCUUCUCCUACGAGUUGCUUUGCAAAAACGGGAGAAACGAAGUGCGGCAGUAACUUUGCAGCAUACGUGAAAAAGGUUUAUGGUUUAGCGUUUGCUUCCGGUGAAUAUUCUGCUCGGCCAAUUCAUCCCGUCUUCUGAUUCGCCAAGUUCGCCGACAAAGGCCAGCAACCGCCAUCAUGACGUUCAGUUUCACGUUAGCGUUCUGUCAAGGGAGUGUGGCCGCCAGCCGGGGCAGCAUUUUGCUUCGACCCGGUAGUUUCAGCAUUGGACGAACGGCCUCAACCCUACGCCGAACGCAACCAAGUCGACUAGCACCAGCAAUAUCGGUAACACCGACUUCAAUCAAUCAGUGCAGCGCAAUGGCUACGACGGCCUGUUCCCAACAGCAGCAUCAGCGAUGUGUCUCCAUCGACAACAUCAAUCCGGCGAUCAAAACCAUGGAGUACGCAGUCCGCGGCCCGUUGGUUGCCCGCGCCGCUGUGAUUGAGAAGGAGUUGGAAGAGGGUGCCAGCAAACCAUUCAAGGAGGUGAUCCGCGCAAAUAUCGGCGACUGUCAUGCGAUGGGUCAGCCACCGAUUACCUUCAUUCGUCAGGUACUGGGGCUUGUAUCCUACCCACCGUUGUUCGACGACCCAAAUAUCCCAGCCGAUGCAAAGCAGCGCGCGCGUGGUAUCCUUGCUGGCUGCAAAGGAGGCUCGGUCGGCUCUUAUUCCGAUUCGGCUGGUAUUGAGGUGAUUCGACGACAUGUUGCUGAAUACAUCCAGCGUCGUGACGGUGGGAUAGAAGCCGAUUGGCAGAACGUGAUCCUUUCAGCAGGCGCAUCAGGUGGAAUCAAGGUAUUGAUGGCGUUGCUACGCUGCCCGAUUGAUGGAAAGAAGCCGGGAGUGUUGAUUCCAAUCCCGCAAUAUCCGCUGUACUCGGCGACGAUUGCCGAAUUCGACAUGGAACAGAUCGGCUAUUAUCUGGACGAAUCGAACAAAUGGGGCCUAGAUAUCGGGGAGCUCGAGCGUUCCCUUGUCGAGGGAAGAAAGGUGGCGGCCCCGCGCAUUCUGGUCGUGAUCAAUCCAGGUAAUCCUACCGGCCAGGUGCUUUCGCGGGACAACAUUGAGCAGAUCAUUAAGUUUGCGCAUCGCGAGCGGUUGGUUCUGUUCGCCGACGAGGUUUACCAGGAUAACGUUUAUGAAUCGGGCUCUAAGUUCCACUCGUUCAAAAAGGUGAUGAUGGAGAUGGGAGAGCCUUACAACAAGAUGGAGCUAUGCAGCUUCAUGUCCUGCUCAAAGGGGUACAUGGGCGAAUGCGGCAUCCGCGGCGGCUAUGCCGAAAUUGUGAACCUCUGCCCAGACGUACGCGCCAUGCUGCUGAAAUGCAUUUCGGCCCAGCUCUGCCCAACAACGGCUGGCCAAGCAGUGCUAGAUUGUGUGGUGAACCCCCCACAACCGGGAGAGCCAUCGUAUGAGCAGUUUACACGCGAAAAGCAGAAUGUACUCGAUUCGCUGCGAGAUCGUGCCGAACUUGUCGCUAACACCUUUAACUCGAUCGAAGGAUUCUCGUGUAAUCCGGUGCAAGGUGCGAUGUACGCAUUCCCUCAAAUUCGACUUCCUCCAAAGGCUCUGGAAGCAGCCAAAAAGGAUGGUAAACCGGCGGACACAUUUUACGCAUUCCGGUUGCUGGAGGAAACAGGUAUUUGUAUCGUGCCCGGAUCCGGGUUCGGUCAGCGUCCCGGUACGUAUCACUUCCGUACAACCAUCCUACCGCAGACGGAAAAACUGAAGGAGAUGCUGGGACUGUUCAAAACAUUCCACGAGAAGUUCCUCCAGAAGUACAAGUAAAAUGUGCCGAAAGGGGUAAAAGUGCCACGAGAUGUCAUAGAGUAGAGCAGAGAGCGUGUUAUGAUCGUUGUGUUAUGGGCUUAAAAAGCACUUCAUAUCUCAGCUUACGGUUGGCGGUCAGUAAUAGAUUUCGUGGAAGAACCUUCACUAACAGUACAGGCCAUAGCGGCGGUAAUUAAAGCAACAUUAGCAAGAUAUUUCCAAGGUAUUAUCCCUAUAGCAAAAAAAAAAGUCGUGUGCUGUUAGGUUUCCUUAUCUUACAGGACCUUGCUUGUGCAUUGACGAAGCUUGGUAUUGCUUAUUGCUUAUUGCUACCACCCGUAAUGAUAACAUCUGCUACUAUUAAUUUGCACAUAGCGAUGCCGGCCAUCGCACAUUGGAACUUCAUCAUUUUACAACAAAAAUCGAGCAUUUGUUGGAAGUUUGUGUUUAACCGCUGUACUCACAUUCACAUAAUUAAUCCAAUCAAAAGAAAAUUUUUGCGUUUCACUCUGCCAGCAUGCACAUAUCACUUGCGCUCGAUCUGUCUAUCUAUUUGUAUAGGUAGUUUCCUACUUCUUCGAUUGUAAUCUUAAAUUGGCAUAACACCGUAGAAUACAAACAAAAAGCAUCUAAAAUGCCCACAUGGAAAAUACAAUAGCACAAUACUUUUUCGAUUCCAGCAAUCACACCAAAUCAAAAUUCUAAAAAAAAGUUCCCAUUGAACUACAAAAUCCAAUCCAUAUAAUUCUAAUCAAAACUGAUCCAAUCCAAUGGCUAUCCAAUUGUUGUGUGACGUAAUCUGAAAAAAUGAAUAAGGUGUUGUACCAAUUUGUUGGUGUUUCUUCUUUAACUUGUUAAUUGGCAAGCAAUAACCGUAAAGAUAAGCUAACAUCAGACAGAAAAUUAUCAGUAGGUGUCCAUUACGGUGCUACAUACAAUUUGACAUCGAUCGAUUUGUCCUAAAGAACGUUAACCAGUUGUCAGUAGCAAAACGCGUAAAAAAGACAAUAAUUUUUUGACGAACGAUUUGGUCUUAGCUAUUUUAAAAACCUUACAAUUACGGCUGACGAUAUAAGAGACGGAAUCUCGUCAAAAAAUAAACGGGAUAUAAAAUAUUAGAUAUAAAAUUACUCAAUGGAUUACGAAAUUAAAAACGUCUUUUCCACUGCACUACUCCAUCACAUCACACGAAAAUGGCGUUCAAAACACACCCAACCCACUGCCAAUUACAACUGCUUGUUACAGCAAAGCGUAUAAUAGCAGCGUGUGUUUUAAUUUUGCUUGAAGUUUUUUUUUCCAUCUAUAUGUUCUAAUCAGCAAGUGUUCCUAGGACGAACAAUUGGCUGAAAAAAUAUUGGAAAAUAAAAAAUGUAUAUUUAGCUUGUA